AUGGCUACAUAUCGCUUUGAGUUGUCUACUACGAAUCGGGCACUCUGUCAGAACACGGAAUGUAAGAAGAGUGGUAUCAAAAUCCAAAAGGGAGAGUUCCGCAUGGGCACGUUGGUAAUAUUCGAGGAGCACGCCACGUGGAGGUGGAAGCAUUGGGGAUGUGUAACGCCUCUACAGAUCAAGAACCUCCAGGAUCAAGUCGGCUCUGUCGAGGAUCUUGACCUUGACAGCGAUCUGCCUGCUAUUAUUGACGGCUACGAUGAGAUCUCCACUGAAUUCCAGGACAAAAUCAAAUAUGCCCUUCAAAAUGGUCACGUCCAUGAUGAGGACUGGAAAGGUCUCCCCGAGUUGAAUCGACCAGGUCAAAAAGGAAUCAACAGACGCACACCAAAGAAGAAGAAUGUUGCCGAGGAUGAAGAGCAAGGCUCCAAUACUGCAGGCGAUACCCCAAGUGUCUCUAAGCCCAAAGCUAAGAAGAGCCGAGCCAAAAGGGCCAAGGUUGAAUCGGACCAGGAUAGCGAUUCAGCAUCCCCAUUGCCCCAAGCAAAGAAGGCUGGACGCCGAAAGCGGAAGGUCGAGGACAGUGAAGAUGAUCUCCCAGCCAGUCCACCAAAGAAGAAACCUGCCAGUCGCAGAAGCAAAGCCGCAAUGAGUGACAGCGAGGACGAGGUCAUGCCCAAGGCGACCACUUCUAGAGGAAGGCAAGCCACAAGAGAAGCCGGUGUGAAGGCUGAAGGUGACGGCGACCCGGAAGAAGCAACACCGGUAGCAAAGCCGAAGAAAUCACGCGCAAAGAAGGUCAAAGCAGAGCCGGAAACUGUUGUCAAGCCCGAGCUUGAUGUUGAAGAUGAAGAUCCUCCUCUUGCGGCUCCAAAGACAAAGCGAGCUCGUGCAUCCAAGAAGAACGUAAAGGCUGAACCAAGCGUCGAAGAUGAGGAUGAAGCACAGCCAGCCUCCAAAACCAAACGUUCACGCGCUGGAAAGAAGGUCAAGCCUGACCCAGAGGAUGAACAAUCCCUCUCCGACAUCGAGGCUGCCGCAACGUUCAAGCCGGAGCCCGAAGACGAAAUGACCAUGGACGCAGCUCCGAUGAGAGAUGAGUCUGCGGAAGAGGACAAGGAGGAGAAGCCUGCCGCGCCCAAGAAGAAAGCUGCCAAAGGAAAGGGCAAAAGCAACGCCAAGGGUAAAUCUAAGGCGAAGUGA